AUGUAAUAAUUAAUUUCUUAAGGGGCAGAGGCAAAGAUUUAUAAAAUUUAGUUUUUAGGGGAUUUAGCCAUUUUAAAAGAAAGAUUAUCAAAAUAAUACCGAUUAAAAGUAUUAGAUGAUAGAAUUACUACAGAAAGAGUUAAAACUGUAUAAAUUAUUAUCUAUUUAGGAAUCAAGAUUAUUAAGUAAGGCUAGAUAAUUAGGAGUAAAUGUUCCACAUUUAUAUUAUGUAGACAAUAAUUCAAUAAUAAUGAUGUUUAUUGAUGGAAUCAAACUGAAAGAUUAUUUGAAUAAUUUAGAAAAAGAGGGCAAACAAGUUGAAUUACAGCAAAUUUUAAUUUUAGUUGCUUAAGAUAUUGCUAAAUUACAUAAUGGUGGAAUAAUUCAUGGGGAUUUAACAACUUCCAAUAUUUUAGUUUAGAAUUAAAAACCAUACUUUAUUGAUUUCGGAUUAAGUUAUACAAAAGUGGGAUUUGUAGAAGAUUUUGCUGUUGAUUUAUAUGUAUUGGAAAAAGCUUUUUUAAGUACUCAUCCUACUCUUGAAAAUGAAUUUUAAUUAUUAUUAGAGGAAUAUAAAAAAUAAUAAAAUAAAGGAAAAGAUGUAAUUGAGAAAUUAAGGCAAGUCAGAUAAAGAGGAAGAAAAAAGGUAGCAUUUGGAUGA